CAGGUUAUGGGGGCAGGGCGUAGAGAUCCCGUGGAGUAUCGCGAUACAACAAAAUGGCAGCAUAUUGAAUCUUCCUCCUUUAUUUCCUCAAAACAGAUCAGUUCUUCUUCCCAAUAUUCGCGAAUAAUAACACAGAUUCAUUAUGUAAUGUUUGAAAAGUAAUUAGGUUUUAAAUUUCUUAUUGAAAUAAAAAAAAAGAAGAGGCAGUGGGGGUGGAACCUUACGAAGCCACAGCCUUCUUCCCCCACAAUCCUUAGCGGCGGGUGAAAAUAACCAACACGGCCAUGUCGUGUCGUAGAAAUCAAUUUGUGAACGGACAACAGAAACUCACUUCUUAACUUUCUCCAGUGGGAUUGCAUUCGAAUUACUGGCCCAAUCUUAACGUAUCAGGCGCCAUUUUUGACACAAAACAUUUUAGGUCAAACCGGUGCUUACGAAAGAGAAGAAAAAAUGAGCGGAGGAGGAACGCCGUACAUCGGCAGCAAAAUUAGUCUCAUCUCCAAGGCCGAGAUUCGCUAUGAAGGAAUUUUGUAUACAAUUGACACUGAAAACUCAACAGUAGCCCUUGCUAAAGUUCGCUCUUUUGGUACUGAAGACAGACCUACCGAGCGGCCCAUUCCACCUCGGGAUGAAGUGUUUGAGUACAUCAUCUUCCGAGGCAGCGACAUUAAGGACUUGACCGUUUGCGAGCCGCCCAAGGCGACCAGCAGUCUCCCUCAGGACCCGGCCAUAGUCCAAUCGUCCAUUGGAACCACCAGCAGCAGUGCACCGGCAGCAUCAUCGUCCUCCUCAUUCCCAUCUGCCGCCUCCUAUGCCCCCUUCAGGGCCCCAGUCCAAACGUAUGGACAGUUUGGCGUCGCACCCCUCGGAGCUCAGCAGUUUGGGGCUGCCGGAGGACGUACCAGUCCUCAGCUGGACCCUCUUGCAAAGAGUUCCACCCUGGAGCAGAAGGUGCAGGCCCCCGCCUCGGCUGUCCUGGCGGCACCCGCACCGGUCGGCCAGAGGAGUCAGAUGGCAGCACCUCCGCGACUCGGUGGAGCCUCGACUGUUAGCCAGAAGCCUCCUGACCUCCUGGAGCAGAGGAAAGCUCCAGAGGUGCCCAGAAUGACUCAAGUGGAUAAUGAACAAAAUGCUAUGGAAAACCGGGAUCCCAACAGGCGUCAAGCUGCUGGCAUUCAGGCCAAUCGCCGCGGGGGGCGCGGACGAGGAAACCGCAGCCGGGGCAAAAUGAAUGUGCGCAGGGACGGGCUCAUGAAGUUCGAGGAGGACUUUGAUUUCGAGACGGCCAACGCUCAGUUCCACAAGGACGACAUCGACAAGGAGCUGCAGACCAAACUCAAGCUGAAAGACGACAAGGCUGAAAAGGCGCUGAACGGGGAAGAAACCGAACAGGAGCAUCCUGCGAGCGAGGCAGCGGCCGAGGAGGAGGAGGCCGUGAUCAACGCCUACUACGAUAAGACCAAGUCCUUCUUUGACAACUUGUCCUGCAACGACUCCAAUCGAUCAAACGAAGGAUUUUCAAGAGAUCGGAGGCCGACCUGGGCUGAGGAGAGACGCAUGAACGCCGAGACGUUCGGCAUCCCCAUGAGGCACAACCGAGGCCGAGGGGGCUUCCGCGGCCGAGGCUUCAUGGGGCCCCGAGGUGGGCGGGGGCGGCCGUCGAGUCGAGGCUCCUUCGGGCCGCCUCGCGGCGCGCCGCCCGGCUUCAGGGGCGGAUUCAGGGGAGGACGAGGAGGCCGGGAUUUCUCCGACUACGAAUACUCGAAGGACAACAAGGUGGCGGCGUAGCUUCCCAGACUUGGAGACCAAUAGUAGCUCUUCAACAAGGAAAUAUUCACUUUCAAGAAAUGUUCUCCGGUCCGACAUUUGCCGGGACGGAAGAAGACGCUCACUCAGCAGGGUCGUCCUCUCACCGGCUCCCCUUGUCCCCCGCCCCCAUCCCCCCCUUUUUUGGUCUUUUGUUGUUUCAUUCAUUAACUGCUGUGUAAAAAAUAAGUCGUUCUCUUUGCAGCGACCUGUUUGUACCGUGCGCUAGAUAGCUUUAUUUUUUUGUCUCCUUUUUCUAUUAUUACUGCCAUUUUUUUUUGUUUUUUUGUGGAAUGCCGCAAAGGCCGUGUCGAGGCGGUCCAAAGGAAAAACCAAAUUUGAACGCAGGAACGUGCACUUCUUCCACUUUGUGCGAUUUUUUUUUUUUUUUUUUUAAAGGCGUUCCCGCUUGUGUUGGCUGAAAGGACAAAGACCCGAAUCCUUCCCGUUGACUCGUCUUAUUUUCUUACCAACGCUUUAGUAGUUAGCCUGCCAAAAAAAAAAAGUUAGCAUUCUGUCAAACGUCUCGUCUCUCGUACUUAACCACGUCAGCCAUGUCCCACUCAGUUCAGUUUACUGAAGGAUCCCCAAAUUCUGUGAAGCGCUCCUGUGAAGGUUUUUGUUUUUAUUUCUCCUUCGUGUGACCCCAAGAUGUCACAGAAUUUCCUCUUAUUUCUUUCUUUUCGGGCUCUUGGUGUGUUUCUAUUUAGGGAGUGCCUUCAACGGGAGGGAUUUUUCUACACUUCUCCCUUUAAUGUAAGCUUAUGGCAAAUGUAUUGAAAAUGAAGCACUAUGAGGUGAGAACAGAGCUGAAUGGAGGGAGGGAGGGGAGGGGGGGUUAAUGGGGGGGGGGGUGGUUCUGCAGAACAUAGGACGGCAUUGUUUGUAAAUGUGCUGUUUCAAGUCAAAUGUUGCACAGAUAAGCCGGACACUGCAUGAUAGCCUGAUUAGCCAGGCCAGUCAAUUGGAGUUAUUGACAAGGAACCAACAUUGUUGUUUUGUUUUUUUUUUUCCUAAAAGUUUGUUACCUCCAGCUUCUGGAAAUUGGAGUUGUUUUCUUGGGAAUUAUCAGCAAAAUUCAGUUUUUACAUAAAAACAAUAAAGACUUCAAAGGAGUAAUAAAA